AAGCCUUUUUAAAAACCCUAAAGUCUAUCGAGCAAGAUUUACACACAGCUCAAAACGGAGGCGCAGCACAGAGAGUGAAAGUGAGAGAGAGAGUCGCCGGAGUAGCAAUCAACAAAAGGACAAAAUAUGGCGGACAAGGCAGUGACUAUUAGAACUAGGAAGUUCAUGACCAAUAGGCUUCUUGCAAGGAAACAAUUCGUUAUUGAUGUGUUGCAUCCUGGAAGAGCCAAUGUUUCCAAGGCUGAGUUGAAAGAAAAAUUGGCAAGGAUGUAUGAAGUGAGAGAUCCAAAUGCCAUCUUUGUAUUCAAGUUCAGAACCCACUUUGGAGGAGGCAAAUCUACUGGGUUUGGUUUGAUCUACGACUCUGUUGAGAAUGCAAAGAAGUACGAGCCAAAGUACAGACUGAUCAGGAAUGGAUUGGACACUAAGGUGGAGAAGUCCAGGAAGCAAAUGAAGGAGAGGAAGAACAGAGCCAAGAAAGUUCGGGGUGUUAAGAAGACAAAGGCUGGAGAUGCCAAGAAGAAGUAAUCUGUUAGUAAUUGUAGACGAAGCGGGAGAAAUGUUUUGCCUAGAUAUGCCGUAUCAUUUAUGCUUUUAUGGGAACUUUUUGUAGACUCUUUUCAAUUUUGUUCGGGUUACUUCAAUAUAUUUUGCAUGUUCAAGUACGACUAGUUCAUCAUCAAAAUUGAGUGGAUUGUUAGAAUA